UCCCUCCAAGCACCAGUCAGUGAGCUGUUAACUCCCAGCAGUAACGGUGGGGUCUGUCCGGUGCCCGGGAGGUCACGGAGGGCGUGGAGCUGGAUGUAUGAGACAGCUUCAUGGGCGUGAAGGACCAUCUGGAGGAUGGGACGGGCCACAUCCUCAGCCUGGGGCUGGAUCUGGACUACCUCCAUGUGGAAGGUGCUGAGCGGCAGGUCGGCCUCAGCACCGUGACGGGUCCCGGGAGUAUCCUACAGGUCAAAGCUGGAGCCCCGAGUACCAGCAGCGACAGUAUUGGUAGCAGUAGCACAAGUUUUAGUACUAAUUCAAGCUACAGCAGCAGCAGCAGCUGCAGUAACUUCUCUGACAGCGACGAUGAACGGCUCCAGAAUGGGUCUGAAUCUCAGAACCCUCAGCAAGAUCAGCCUCCCCUACACCAACAAGAUUCCUCUUCAGUCUUCCAGACAGUCAGGCUGGACCUGGCACCGAACCGCCCCCCCGGAUACCCCCCGCAGCUAGAAACAUCACCUCCAGCCGCUGACCCCGUCACAGACUACCGAGCCAAGGUGGACUUUGCUCUCAAGCUGGGCUACUCUGAGGAGCUGGUGCUGCUGGUGCUGAGGAAGCUGGGCCCAGACGCACUCAUCAACGACGUCCUGGGCGAGCUGGUCAAACUGGGAACCAAGACAGAGAUGGAGCUACAAGGAGGUCCGACUGUCUCCCAGUCUCCCUCCUGCUCUUUGUCAUCCUCUUUGGCCUGCUCCUCCUCCUCGUCCUCGUCCUCCUCCAGCUCCUCUCUGGACUCCUGUCGGCUGCUGUGUCCGUCCCAGCUGCUGGACGACAAAGAAAACCUUCGGCCUGUCGUGGUGGACGGGAGCAACGUCGCCAUGAGUCAUGGGAAUAAGGAAGUGUUCUCCUGUCAAGGCAUCCAGCUGGCUGUUGAUUGGUUCUUGGAGCAAGGUCACCGGGACAUAACUGUCUUUGUCCCCGCUUGGAGAAAAGAGCAGUCACGCCCGGAUGCUCUGAUCACAGACCAAGAGAUCCUCCGGCGACUAGAGAAAGAGAAGAUCCUGGUCUUCACUCCGUCUCGCCGCGUGCAGGGACGCCGUGUGGUUUGCUACGACGACCGCUUCAUCGUCAAACUGGCCUACGAGUCAGACGGCAUCAUUGUCUCCAACGACAACUACCGCGACCUUGCCAACGAGAAGCCGGAGUGGAAGAAGUUCAUUGACGAGCGUCUACUGAUGUACUCCUUCGUAAACGACAAGUUCAUGCCACCAGACGACCCUCUGGGACGACACGGACCCAGUCUGGAGAACUUCCUGAGGAAGAGGCCUGUUAUUCCUGAACACAGGAAGCAGCCGUGUCCUUAUGGGAAGAAGUGCACAUACGGCCACAAGUGCAAGUUUUACCACCCUGAACGGGGCAGCCAGCCCCAGCGUGCCGUGGCCGACGAGCUCCGUGCCAGCGCCAAAAUGUCUUCAGCGGCUUCUAGAGGCCUACUGGAAGACGCCCUGAUGGUGAAGAGCCAAAGUUCUGGCCAACCAGAAGGAACGUCCGAGGCUGAGCCAAGUCGGUGCACUCCAAAGAAACAGCCCAACCCCAGCCCGCGGAGCUCCUUCACCGACCUCCUGGAGGAUAGGCUGCGGAUCCAGUCCAAAGUGGAAGGACGGAGGGGGAGCGGCAGCAGCAGCUGUAGCAGCAGCUUUCUGGGGUAUCCGGCUCCGGGGGGGCCCCCUUCAUCAGGAGGCUGUGACCGAUGGGAGCACCCCGGGGGGAGUGGUGGAGGCAGAUCCUCCAGGGUCGCUGGAGCCUCUGGACCAAGAGAGGCUGAAACUUACCACAGAUGUGAGUCUCCAGAGCUGGGCUACAGCUCUCUGAUGAAGACCUACUCCAGUCUCAGUCUGGUGGUGCCAUCGAGCCCUGAAUGCUUCUUCCCAGCUGAUCUGCGAACUGGAGCGCUGCUGUCGGACUGUAGCAGCGAAGGCAGCUCGGACUCGUUCUCCCCUGACCUCUUGCUAGACGACGGCCCCAAGUGCCACCAUCACCACCACCACCAUCGCUGCUCCGGCCAGUACGCCCGCCCUGUGAGCCGCGUUCCUCCUGGACUGGGCUAUCCUCAAGCACUGCGGAGACAACUUGGUUUUGGUUUGGAAGACCCCCCAUCUUCUGUUACCUCUCAUGUAUCUCCACGUUCCUUCAAGUCCCCUUCAGCCUACAUCCCACCCCACCUUCAGCACCCAUUGCUGAGCGGUUUCCCGGGGGACUUCCCAGUUCGUCCACCCCAAACAUCCACCGCUCACUCUCAGAGCUCCCCUCUCGGACGUAACAUGAUGGGCUCCCUUUGGCAGGAAGGUGGGCUCCAGGACUCCCAGCUGUACAAAGGGUCGCCGCUUCACUCCCAAAUAAACCACUCUGGGCUAAACCAACAACCACAGCAUCAGAUGAACUGGGACCCCCAUUACCAGCCGUCCCCUAAGCCAUGCUACGACCCGUACGCCUUCCAAAGCCUUCCAGACGUCCACGAGAACGCUUGGCAUUCUCCUUGGAGCAGGCAAACCCAUUCGUCACCACGUGGCCUUUCAGCAUCCAGUCUUCCACCGCUCCCCCAGCUGUCCCAUCCACCCAUCACUACCCAUAAACUGCCCCCGCCAGCGCCCCAGCACCAGGAGCCCCCCGCCUUGGGUCGAUACCAGGACCUCAGAGAGAGGGUGUUUGCUAACUUGUGCCGCAUCUUCCCUCUGGAUUUGGUGCGGAUGGUGAUGACCAGGAACCCUCACGUGGUGGAUGCUCAGGAGCUGGCGGCUGUGAUUCUGAUGGAGAAAUCGCAGCACGGUUCUUGAAGGUGAACUGCGGGUUUAUGCCUCGCAAUCAUCGUAAAGUCAGGUCGGACACACACAAACAAACCAAAAGCACAAGCUCCUUAAUGCACUGCUUAAGUUUCACUGCAGGGAAGUUGUCUCAUUCAUUUUAAUGGUAUGUUUUUGUAAAGGGAAAUCCCCCAAAUUGCCAUAUUUUUUCUAUAAAUAUGUCUGCUAUAUCAGCACUUAAGAUCAGGGAAGGUUGGGGGUUUGUUAUGAGUCAAAACACCGGAGUGCUUAGGGAGGCUUUUAAUACGUUUGUUCAUUUUAAAUUAAUUUAUUUGUUAUAUUUUAAGUUAUUUACAUAUUUUAAAAAUGAUUCUGCUUUUGGCACUUUUUUUGUUAUUGCUUUUUUUUUCAAUCAUAUCAGGGUAUAACUCAAAUUUCCAUCUGAGUGAUGUAGUUUUCCAGUCACCGAGGCGACGACAGCGUGGGUUUAUGUAAAAGACUAUAUUCAAUCGUAGAAUAUAUUCCCACUGUAUUUCAAGCUCGAAUUAGCUCAACGAACGGAUGAAGGGGUUUCUUUCUGUACUGACAGGUGGCCGAUCAGAAGCUGUGGUAAGAUGUAGUGGAUUUCCCCCCGAGGGGAAGUGAAACUUGAGCGGCACCCACAAAAGAAGAUAACAAAAACUCCAGUCGAAAACCCCGAGCUGUUGUUCACUGUUGAAUAUUUCCUCCGCUACAGUAGGGUAACCCUGUCAGCUGACUUCACAGCUCAUCAUUUCUUUCUGUUCUUCUCCAUCCUUAAAGUCUGAAUCAUAUGACGGUGGCUGUAGAGAGCACCAGCAGGUGGAAAGAAGAUUAUUUUGAUUUUUAAUUUUAAAUAUGUGUUAAUUUAUUACGUUUUUAAUGUGUGUGAAUGUCUGUGUUGUUUGAGACACAGGGUCUCCAUGAGGAGGUUUAACAGGGUAGAAGUACCCUUCUGUUAGAUCCACAGCUUCGCAGUAAAACACAGGAACAGACUGGAGAGAGUUGGGAAACACCUUUUAGACAUUUAAAUAUUCCCACAGAGUGUGUCAACACACAUUUAAUAUCACGACAAGAGUGGGAAUAUCUAUACAUAGUAAAGAUUUUAGUUCUACAAACAUUUCUCAGAGGCAUUAAUAAUCUCAUUGGUUACAUUAAAACUUUUAGUAAAGAAAGAAAUUUUAAGAAAAAUACAAAAAUGUCGUUAAUAACUUUGUUAAUUAAUUCAUGACCAUCAAGGACUUGAACUAAUUACCUCACUUAGACAGCAAUAAGCAAAUAUGACUCGCUUAAACUUCAUGUCUCGAUUUUUUCACAUAUCAAAGUAAUAUGUUCUGUACAACUAACUAUUAUUUUUAUUACAAAAUAAUCUGUCAGUUAUUUUUUUUUUAUUUAUCAAUUCAUCAUUAAAUCUAUAAAAUAAGGAAACACAGUAAAAAGUCUGAUCAAAAGUAAUUAUUAUAAUUAAUUUCCAAUCCUGUCUCUUACAAAAUUACGUUCAUUUACGAAUUUCAUAUAAGUAUUUUUUUUUUCUUAAUGUAAAGCACUUUGAUAUGCAUUAGUUGUAUGAAAUAAUAAUCUUAUUUUUAUUACCAUCCCCACUUAAUGGGAUAUCCUAAUGCCUGAUGAAGUGUUUGUAGAGCUGAACCAACUCCUGCCUGGUUAACAUCUCAUCUAGUCGCCUCUCGUUGUUGAUACAAAUUGUAUCCUAUAAACUUUUUAAACAAGAUCAUUGUUUUAUAUGAGAAUAUUUAAACUAAAAAAAUAUUUCGAAUAUUUUGAGUAUUUGUGGCAAACUGUGUCACCUUCGGUACUUAGUCUAUAUUUAUAUGAGGGGGGGUUUAUUCCUCUUUUUUUUUCCAAGUGCAGGAAAGAGAAAGACUCAGAUGCACUUUUUUGGAAACAGUUAAUGUUUAUAUUGUCAGUGAACUGAAAGCAUGGUACUGUGUAGCCCAAAAAAAACACCUGAGCCGGGGUGAAAAGAAGAUAUGACCGUGGGUAAAGGUGUUUAAAAUGAAGCUGUGGUUAAAGUCUCACUUCUCACGAGACAUAUUGAAGCUUGUUAGCAUCUCACUCCACCUCAGAACAGUAUUUCUGGAGCUAAAAUAGACUUUGAGUGCAGUAAAAGAGGUUUUAAUGAGCUUGCUUUCCAAAUUUGUGCCACAGGCUCCAAACUUUUUCAUAACGUCUUUCCCAGAAAGUUUAAGUCUUCUUUAUCAUCUCGGAGCUACUUGAAAGUGUCUCUUUCUCAAGGGCCGUACUGUGAUCUGAAAGGUCGUCUCUGACGCUCUGGCGACCUUGUGCUGUGACGUUAACGGCUGAGUUAAGUCAGUCACGGCUGGCACUGUGUGCUAGUGUUCGCCACCGCGGUCGAGACGCUCUACACAGUUGAACUGAACAGACCUCUGAAGGUGUCGCGUUAACAUUCCUGUGGAUAUUAAAAGCCUUAUUUAGCGUGUGAGGGCAAAAACUAUUUUUCUAUGAUCAUGAUUAAGAGCUAUUUUUUAUAAUUGUACAUGUUUACCUGCGAGAAGAGAUUGUAGUCAGUGUUGCUGAAUAAUAAGAGGAUGUACACUUUGCUAACUGUGUUAAUGUUUGGUUUGGUUUCUUGACAGUGUUCAGACUGUCGGCAAAACUUACCAUUGCAGUUCUUUCUGUUUUCUUGAGUCUCUCCCCGGUUUUUAUCGUCUCUGUACGUGUUCAGUAAGUGAAGUUCUUUAGUUUUUUUGUCCAAGUUCCAACACAAGUUAGUGUGUGACGCUGUCUGCGUAUCAACCUCCUGCAUGUGUAGCAACAAGCUUGCUCGUUAGCAACACAGGUACAGGUGUUACUAGUAACGCUAACGAUGUUUUUGCUCUAAGUCUCUCAGUGAGCCAUGACAGUGUAAAGUCUCUUUCCCACUGGACAGGAAACCCUCCAACACCCUCUAACUUCUGGCUCUUUAGUUCUAGUUUAGAAAGGUCACAAUCUGCAUUCAUUCCCAGGACAAAUGACUGCAGUAGUCACGGGUAUUUAUCGGUUCCAGCUCCGAUCGGUAGCGAUGGAAACAUGACUGGUGGAUGGACACGCUUGUUUUCUGGCAUGUUUGCUAUCUAUGAUUAACGUUUUUCAUGUGUUUCCGUCCAAGCAGGGCUCCAACAUCAUUCACAAUUAGUCGGCACAGAGUUUGAAAGAUAUUAAAAAGAAGUAACCACCGUAACAUUUUCAUUCCUUUUUUUUCCGAUGCGUUUGUGACGUCGAAUGUGACACAGCAGGAAAAAAUAAAACGGAAAGGAAUACUCGUCGACUGGCAAAGGGGAAAGGAGUCUAUCUCCUAUUUUUAGAGGGUUCUUCUGAAUUUAAAGCAUAUAUGCGUAUAAUUUGGUGGGAAAAAGGGUAUAAUGCUGCGUUCCAUUUGAACUGGGAAGUUGAAAUUUCCGAGGCAGAAAUUUCAACUGGAACUACGACGGAGUAUUACGGCCACAUUGAGGAAAAAAAUUAAUCUGAGAUUUCGAGAAUAAAGUCAUAAUUUUAUAAAGUAGUAAUUUUUACGUGUUAUUUUA